AUGCAGAGUUAUAGUAAAAAAUUUCAAAUUUGGUGGAAACGUUUUCGUUUGGCUUUGGGCGAUACAUUUCAGGAAUAUGCCAAAAGGACCAAAGUAAGCGGUAUCUGGUUGUUGAGACCCACCAGGACAACGGGUGUAUCUAGAUUUGUUUGGUCUUCUCUGCUCAUAAGCCUCUUCAUUCUGGCUGUUUACCUUUCCCUACAACUAUGGAUAAAAUUCUAUUCCUAUCCCAUACUGAAUACUAUAGCCGAGGAUAUUGCCAUUACGGAUGUUCCCUUUCCGGGUAUAACAGUAUGCAGUCCACAGAUUAUCAAUGAAGAUCGUGUGGAGAAACUAAUGGAUCGACUAUAUAUCCCCCCCUCUUAUGAUCGAAGCCAAGUGGCUGAAGGUUUUUCCUACUUGAACGCCUUCACCGAUCAAACAUGGUCUCCUUCCAACACCUCCAUGUACGAUUUAACCCAUGAGAUAUUGCGCCUGAACAACAUGACCAUGUAUAAGACAGCAAUGGAGGUGGGAGCGGGUUGCAGCGAUUUUGUGAAGCGCUGCUUUUGGGGAAAUGUUGAAUUUCCAUGUCGCCAAAAGCAUGAAUAUCUCUCCUUUUCCCCAACAACCUCUUUUAUGGGAUCCUGUUGCUCUUUCAAUUAUCAUCCGCAAAAUCUAUCCUAUGUUCCAUUUUCGGCAAACACCUUUGGUGUCGAUGGAGGUUUGAGUUUUAUAGGUUUUGAAGGAUCCCCCGAAAAUAUUUCAACUGGUCUCAUAGUCUUUGUGCAUCAUCCCAUAGAUUUCGCCACAGAGGCAGCCUCCUCUGUAACCAUUACCACAAAUGCAGAGAGCUUCAUUGAAGUAUUUCCCACGAUGCAGGCAUCUUCAGCCGAUGUCUUGGAAUUGCCUCCGAAAAAACGUGAUUGUCUCACCUCGGAAGAUGUUUCACAGGCUGUGUAUCGUCAGGCGGCUUGUUUACUAGAGUGUGAAAGUCGUAUCAUUAUGCAAAAGUGUAAAUGCGUUCCUUAUCAUUUGCCCAAUUUUUCCGAUACACCUAUGAGAGAAUGUCAACUGAAUGAUUCGCUAAACUAUUCAAAGGAUUUUGAUAAAUUCAAAAGUGUACGCUGCGAAGACUGUUUGCCAAAUUGUCAUGAUGUUACCUAUUCUACAUUGGCCUAUAAAACGGACAUUUUACUGCACAACUAUUCAGUGAACCAUUUUUACGCCAAUUUAAAUUAUUCCGAGGACAUGUUUAUUGCUCACAUAUUUCUGACCCGACAAGUUGUCCCUUCAAUACACAAAGUUACGGUUAUGUCUUGGGUCGGAUUGUUGUCUGAUUUGGGUGGAGUUUUCAAUCUGUGCCUUGGUCUAAGCAUGGUUUCGGUGGUCGAAUUUGUCUACUAUUUCACCUAUCGUCUAAAGUUGAAUUAUAAAAUGCGUAGUGUUUUGAUGCAGUCAUAG